GCGCGGCGAGCGGGCCGACCUGAGUGGCCGCACCGAUGGCGUGAUCGGCGUGCUGUUCGCCGGCAAGUGGUGCGGCCCCUGCGAGGAGUUUGUCCAGCUGCUGCGGCGCUGCUACGCCCAGGUGCGCGACAGCGGAGAGCAGUUCGAGGUGGUGUUCGUCUCUGCCGACAAGGACAGGGAGGACUUCGAGCACCUCUCGGCCGACAUGCCCUGGUGGAGAAUCGACUUCGACGACUUCCCUAGCCUGAACAAAAUGCGCUGCCUUUUCAAAAUUCAAGACAUCCCCUGCCUGUCGCUGGUCGAUAUGGCGUCUGGGCAGACUAUCAUCUCGAACGCCUGCGAUCUCGUUCGAGAGCACCCAGACGGUCGUGGGUUUCCAUGGCGACCGCGCAGUUACGAGCAGCUCAUGGUGGACGGCCUUCUGGAUAAGGACGGCCAACUGUGCGACUACAGCCGAAUCCAGGGCGCAUUCAAGGCACUCUACUUCGCCGCCAACUGGUGUCCUCCAUGCAAGGCCUUCACUCCAGAACUCCGAGAAAUGGCCGGGAGGAUUUGCAGCCGAGGACUGAAGUUCGAGGUCAUCCUCGUGUCUUCAGACAGGACGGCCGAGUCAUUCGAGCAGCACCGCGGCGCGGCGCCGUGGCUGGCGGUGCCGUACGCGCAGGCCGGCCGACGGCGCGAGCUGGCUGAGCGGUUUGGCGUGCAGGGCAUCCCCAGCCUGCUGGUGCUGGACCAGCACGACCGGCUGGUUUGUCGCAACGCCAGGGCGCACGUGGCCGAGGACCCCCUGGCGCAGGCUUUCCCCUGGCAACCCGCGCUGGUGCAGGAGCUGGCAGAGAGCCAUCGUCACCUGCUGGACGAGCCGCUGCUGGUGCUGUUCGUGGACGCCGAGCCGGAGGAGGUGCGGUUCGCUCGAGAGGUGCUGACACCUGCUGCCGAAGCAACUCAGAAGUACCGCACCGACCAGGCCGACCUCAUCCGCUUCUUCAUCGGCACAGAGUCGGAGGUGGCCGAGCAGGUGCGCGAGACGGCUGGCGUGGACGACGCGGUGCCUCAGCUGGUCAUCAUCGACCUGAGCCUGGGUCACCGGUUCGGCUUGGAGGAGGGCGUGGCCCUCACGCCCGACCGCGUGGCCGAGUUCGUCGAGCGCUGGCGGCGGCGGCAGCUGGAGCCCACGCUCUUCGACACACCGUGACGUGACGAGACGUGACGUGACAUGACGUGACGCGGCGGCGUUGCUCCGUCACGACAUUGGUGACGGGUCACGGCCACGACUGUCACGGCUCGGUGCAGCAGUUCGGACGCCCGGGCAACAUGGCGCCACUGGACCUCCGAAGCUGGCGCCAGAGCGACGCAAUUGGCCGAGAGCGGUACUGCGUCGGACGGAGCCGUGAUUCUGUGUGACGGAGCGGACGUGUCGCCGCGGGGCGUGCGGGGCGGCGCGGACGUGCCGCACCGUCUGGUGACGGACCGGUGCCGCGCGCUGCACGCGGGGCAGCCUGCGUGGGGCACGGGUGCGAGAGCCAGCCGAGAGACGUUCACACGAGGCGUGCACGUGUUUGUCGCCGUGUAUUGCCGUGAGGACACUGCACUGUGGGAGGUACGUUGCUGAGACACAGUGCUAUUUCGACAGCUUCUAGUGUGAUGUGCGGCGUUCUUCAGCGAUGUCUACGACCAAAAACCGCGCGCGAGGCCACUACGCGUUAGUGACACUCCAACGUACCACCCUGAGGUAACCCGCUUCCCGCAGGCCAUUGUUAUAUGACUGAAUGCCCAAGUAGUGAAUCCGAUGAAUCCUGCCAUCAGCCAUGGUCUGCAUGACAGCGAUCACCUCUCCCAUUGCGUACUAGUCAUAUGCCUACGUAACUGUGAACGCACCGGGUAGUUUCAAGAAAUCAUUUGUCCUUGCGGCAAACAGAUUUGUAGGCUCUUUGAAGAAGUCGAUGUGGCGUGCUGGCGUUAGCCAACUAUAGCCUGGAAUGGAAAAUUAGGCAUUAGUAUCAUAUCGUUAUGAUCACUGUUCUAUCUUAAGAAGAGAUUGUGCCCGUGCAAGAUAUUCAAUGAUUUAGUGAAUUCGUUUUAAAAACCUGCUCAAUGACAAGCAAGGAAGCAAACAUAAGGCAGAAGGCUCCAGUCACUCCAGCAAAUGUGUCAAAAUUCAAGGUUUCGUGGCGGAAAGUGACACCUUUUACGGAUCAUUCGGGCCGUCAGUUUUGUACGCCUCGUAAUCAUCCGCAUCCGCUACCUCGCUCUCACAUUCAUGGAUUGACUGAUUUUUUGGAUGACUCUGGUCUGCAUCGGGACGUUGGCUUAGGUCUUUUGGUUUUCAUGCUUUUUUCUGAGACGAUUGCAAAACACUGCUAUUGUCUGCUCAGUAUCAGUUGACUGAAGUGGGGGACAACGUAAGACGUUGCUGCUAAAUCAGUGUGGACUUCAGCAUCGUUGCCUCUUAAUAUUUGCUUGCAAGUAGUCAGGACUUUACGAAGACAAGAUGACAAGGAAAACGUGUUCCCGUCGCUGUAAAUAUAACGGAAGGCACUGCUAGUUCUUUGCAUCGAAAUAUUCAGUCCGUGGGUGUGUUGUAGCUCACUAUUCCCUGUCGUUGAGAGGCAAAGUCGCCUCUACGAUGGGUGUUACUGGUCUUACGUGGGGACGCGGCGACACGGAGGUUCAAACACAUGGCCAAAGCUGUUCAGAUUUCAUCUGGCGAUGGUUGUGCUUCACCACGGCCCUGCCGCGGCACGGUAACGAUCCACUAAUUUACCAGGCUCGGUGUUUGCACCGAAGUGGGUCCGGAUUUACGAGGAGCGUUGAAUGCUUCGGUAAGGAGCUUAAGACUGCACCGGCCUGCCCCUUUUAGCUCAGAUUCUGAUUUUAUGCUGGCCGCGUUCGGGAUUCCCCGACACGUUUACUCACCGAAGCCCGCAAUAAAUUUA